AUGAGCAAUUCCUCCUCCCCUCCGUCCGAUUUGGUGCCUCAAAAAUGGCCGAUGAGAGUGCUUUAUGUCAUGUCAAUUGUAUCACUUCCACUGUAUUUCAUGGUUUUUGGAUGCCUUCUACGUCUUCGAUGUGUCUCAAGAUCUUAUAAUACAACAUUUUAUUCUAUUCUCUUGCAGCAUUGCAUAGUGGAUCUCAUCGCGAUGUCAUUCUCCAUUCUCAACGCAACUUCCAAGAACAUUCCAGUGAUAAGAGAGUUUAUUUUUGAGUAUCAAGAUUAUUACCUAGCUGCAGGUAGCUACAAUUCCGUCUACUACUUUCUGUACAUUCGUUGCACCGGCAUAGUAUUUCUGUCGCUUCAGAGAUAUCUGAUUAUCACUUCUCCUACUUCUCUUCUUACUCAGAAAAUUCAAUUCGCAUCCAAACUGCAAAUCAUAUCUGUCUAUUGGUCAGUUCCCACAUUGCUAAGUUUGGUUGUAUUGAAAGAUACAAACUUCGAAUAUGACAGUUUGGAACGAAUGUCAAUAAUAACAUACCAAGAAAUCAUCCAGAGAAACACUCUAAUGGCUCUAAUAGUUGUCAGUUUGACAUGUGUAUUAUGUUCUUCUGCUUAUGGAGCACUAUUCUAUUAUAUCAGAAAACACACUGCGGGACUUUCAAGAUCACUUCGUCGAGAAGUUCACCUGGCAUUCCAAGUGUUUGUUCUUCUGUUGGCUUUUUUUGUCAUCCUCGUCUAUUAUGCUUUUCAGAAUUACUUUUCACAAACACACAACACUGGUCCAAUAUUCUACAUGCGUGCUCUUUAUCCAAUUGCAAACGGACUUUUGUCAUACAUCAACCCAUUCUGCAUUCUUUUUCUGAAUAAAGAUCUUGCUCGUCAAGUGAUACGAACAGUGACAUGUCAUAAAUACAAAGUGAGUGAAGCACAGAUUUCGGCGAUUGCAUCAACAUCUACGAAACAUCAUAGUUUUCAUCGAAAAGUAGUCCAUAUGGGGACGAACAGAACUAUAGAAUUGGAUAGAAAGGAAUCUAAUCAAGUCAUGUUUUAA